AUGGCAGCAACAAUGAAUCUAUUUGGUUCUGUAAUACCGAAUUUGAAUACAACUUUUUUAGUUGAUACCAGCGGUUCGAUGUAUUCAUGUUUAGUAGCUGUUCGUGAACAUCUUUCAUCAUAUUUACGUGUUCAUGCUGUUGAUGUAGCAAAUCCACAGCAAACAUUACUUUUCAAUUUAAUAGAAUUUAAUUCUGAUAUACGUCGAUGGGCUGAUCGAUGUGUCUUUUGGUCACAUGCGUCAGUACUUGUUGCUGAUGAUUGGCUACAUUCUUUAGUACCUAAAACAGGUACAAACACUUUAGGUGGAUUGCUUACAGCUUUCACUGAUUCAUUAUGUCAACAAGUUGUACUUAUAACUGAUGGUAUACCUGAUCAAGAGCCGAACGUUAUUUUACAUUUUCUUCAACAAAAACAACAAGAAAAACGACCAUGUCAUAUAUUCUAUAUCAAUACACCAUUAAAUACAGCGCAUGAACAAGAAACUGUUGUGAAAUUUCUUCAAGAUUUAGCUGCAUUGACAGGUGGUUCACUAACAAUAGCAUAUUUUUCACGUACAGGCACAUUAGAAGGGCUUGCUCCUAUGAUUAAUUAUCAAAUAGAAAAUGCAGUUAAACCAGUAGUACUUGUUGAUGGAUCAUUAAAUACGGGUAUAAGAGGACCACCAAUGGAAACAGGUGUUUCAUCUGAAGUUGGUGCACUUCUAGCUAGACAAGAAUGUUUAGCUAGGAAAGAUAAAGAUGGUUAUUAUUAUCGUGGUAAAAUUCUGAAUCAGUUAAAUAUCAAUCAAUUUAUGGUUGAAUUCGGACCACGAACAACUGGUGCCUUUAGUGAAUCUGAUUUUCAACCGACAUAUUUAUUUGAUAUCAUACAUUAUACGGAUGCAUUAAUGCAUAAUAUUAAAACAGGCGAUUUCGUUCUUGCGCCAGAUGGGCAACAAGGUCGAUUUGUUCCUGCAGAAGUAUUGGAUGGUUUUGAAAAGCGAGCUUCCUGUGAAAGUGGAGAAAUCCGUCAAUUAGUUGUUCAUUUUGCUAAUGGAAAAACUGUAACACUUAAACGAUUACAAGAAGCUAUUUGGAUUCCGUCUGCCUUAUAUGAGCGUAUUAAAUUUGAAUUAGCUAUUCCAUCUAGUGCUCGACAAUUUCUUCAAACCCAUUCCGCUGCUUAUCCAGCUGUACUUUUACCUGGUUAUCCAAUGCCUACACCUAUUCCAAUGAAAUCAGAUAAUUGGCCAUUUUUUAUUCCAACUCAACAACAACCAACAAUCGCACCUGUUGUACUUGCACCACAACAAUCAGUCCCAGCCACUGUCAAUAGUUAUGAAGUUAAUAAUCUUAUUAUGUCUUCACAACAGAAACCACAAAGUUUAAUGACAAGUAAUGAACUCAAUCGAAAAGUUGAUCAACAAAUUCAACACCAUUGGUUCUUACUUGGCGAACGAUCACCCUCUGCAUCUCAAAUUUCACAGCACUCGACUUCUUUGAGUACAAUACCAAUGGCUCAUUCUCAUCCUGAUCAUUAUCCCCAUCAUCAUCAUCAUUCACAUUCAGCUAAUUCUUCACCGAAUUCAUCAGAAAUCAGAAAGAAAAAUGUUUGUUUUAAUGAUGCAUCCACGAUUCGACGGUAUUCUGUUGAUGAUCUUGUUGUAUCUCAAGAGUCAACAACCUUAAAAUCUUGUCUCAAAUCAUCAUCAUCAGUAACAACAAUACAAAAUGAAAGAUCACCAUCAACUGACAUAAUUCAUCAUUCUCACACACAAACAAUACCGUCAAGUCAAAAGGCAAGACCACAUAGUGCUGCAGUAUUACAUGAUGCUUAUCGACCAUCAUCAGUAUCUGCUCCAAUUGAACAUUGGCAUACAAGACAAUUAAAAUCAGCACCUAUUCCAUCAACUUCAAAUGGUCAAUCAUCGACAAUACACGAUGCUCGUCGACAGAAUUUAAAUCAUCUCUAUGAAAAAGCUCAACAAGAAGUUAAAAAAGAACUUCAACAACAACAAAUUCAACGUGAACAAUAUAAACGACAACAAGCCAAAGAACAAUCACAACGUUUUCAAAAUCGUCUACAGCAAGAAACAGAAAAAUCUGAUCGCAUUAUCGGUGCCAAACGACAAUUUCGUAGUCAAAUUAUUCAUCAGAAUCAUCAAAGAACACAAGCGGUUGAAGAUCAAGUGAAUCAAAAACUACGCUGUAAACAAAAUCAAUAUGCUCAACGAAGUUCUGAUCGUAUACAGACACGCCGUUUAAAUGAACAGAGAACUACGGAACUCUCACAAUAUCGACAACAUGACGUAGCUCAGCGGAGUCAUGCUCAUCACGAGAAUGUACUUUCUCAAGAAUUCGGUCGUUUAUAUAAAGAUGUUAUAGCACGUAAAUUUCGUGAAGAAACCGAUCAUAAGACUAAAGUUUUACGACAUCGCGACGAGAAACAUGCUAAUCUUAUUCAUGAAAUUGAAAAUCGACGAACAGCAUGGUCGAAUCCAAGUGUAUUCUCGUAA